ACUCACCUACAUGACGGGGCACGACUCCACUGCCGCCGCAGCGGUCCACGCAGCCACCACCACACGGGUCCAAGCAUCCUCUCGCCUUCUUGUCAGGAUAUAUUUGUCUCUGGUUUUUGUUUUCCAGAGCGGGAACUAUGAAUAGUAGAGGAACGCGUAGCAGUGCUAGGUGUCUUCACCAAUGAGCUUUGUGUGCUAAACAUUAAAAAAAAAGAAGACGGUUUUGCUCAUUGGCAGAAGCUCCAUGAUGUGUAAAUACUAUGCAUAAUUCGAUUCAUGACUGAAGUUGCUUUCCAGAGUGGGGACUAUGAACACACUGGAGUGUCAAAAGCCUUGACGAUCUGGGAAGCGUGAUGUAAUGUAAUCAGAAUAACGCCCCAAGUGACAAUAUGAGCGCAGCUAGAUCGUGUUCCACGUCACUGCGACAGUCAGAACAACUACCCCCGAACUACCAUGGCGAGACACCGGGCUCAGUGAGACCUCCCCCGUAGUGCUGUAGCUACGACCACACUGGGGAGGGGAACUCCCCUCGUGGAAUGGGCUUAGAGCUUGCUGGGCAUAAGAUCCUUAGAGCUAGCUGGGCACAAGAAGAUCUCACCAAUGGAAAACAACCACCACUCAGACCGGCGCACGUCGGUGAAAGUGGCGUGGGAGGAGAGCUACGCCAGCAAAACACGGGAGCUGAAGAUGGAGGAACGGCGUCUCAGCAAGCGACUCAGCCAGUCCCACAUGUCAGACGUCGAGUCGGACGACACGGGCGCCGGAGAGGAGCGUCCGGCCGAGAUUCUGCCCCCUCCCUGCUCGCUCCAGCGCGUGCGGCGGGUGUUCCGCUCCAAGACGUUCCGCGACCGCACGCUGGAGAAUCUCUACCGGCGCUACUUCAUCAAGGUGGACCAGUCUUCGCAGUCCGUUAUCCAGCUCAUCAGCAUCCUCAUGUGCCUCCUACUCAUCAUCUUCUUCUACACCAACGGCUUGACGAGCCCCGUGCGCGGUGUGGUCCUGGGCAUCAUCGUGCUGACGUUCGUGGUGCUGGAGGUGCUGCUGUACCGUAUCACCCUGGACUUCCUCACGCUCCAGAUCAUCUCCUUCCUGUCGCUCUUCCUGUUGCUGGCCGUAGUGUGCACCAUCACGCUGGACACGGAGCCCCACGACGUCUCCGACGGCCUCUGGGUCACCGUCUUCUUUGUCUACAUGAUCUACACGGGCAUUCCCAUCAGCAUGUCGGCGGCCCUUGUGUCGGGGGUGCUGCUGCCCGUUUUCCAAGUCUCGUUGGCCUCCAACUUCAAUGUUUCGCAGUCUUACGUCAGGGAUCAGGUGGUUGCCAACGUGUUCAUCUAUUUAUGUGUGAACGUGAUCGGCGUGUACUUCCACUACCCGAUGGAAGCACAGCAACGAGAGGCUUUCCUAGAAACACGAAACUGUAUCAGCGUCAGGCUGGCCAUGCAGAAGGAGAAUCAGAAACAGGAACGGCUUUUGUUGUCCGUGCUGCCCCGUCAUGUUGCCAUGGAAAUGAAAGCUGACAUCGCCGGCAAUAAGAAAGAGGCCAUGUUUCACAAGAUCUAUAUACAAAGGCACGAUAAUGUCGCCUUGGCCCGGGGCCACCAUGUACACAUCAGCUCGGCGACCAAAGACUACCUGAACGGAGACUACGACCUGGAGCCGGGAGACGGCGCGUCUCGAGACAGUUACAUCAAACAGUGCGGCAUCGAGACCUAUCUCAUCAAGGUGGACACGCGCAGACACAAAUCGGUGCCCUUUGAGUCAAGGCGGGAGCAUGGCACGAGCGGUGCUAUGAAGCUGAUGGGCAUUGAAGAGAGAGGACAAUUCUCCCACAAGCAUGACAAGAUGUUCUCUGACCACAUCAUCUGCCAGUGCAUUAUUGUGUUACUCGUUGGCAUCUCACAUUUUUUUCUUUCCCAUAUAACAGUUCUCAUGGUGGCUAUUUUGGCGUUUUUGUUUGAGGGCAACCUGCUUUUAUUAUUUUUGUGUUGUAUGGAGGCUGCAUCGUGUUUACCAAGGUCAAUGAGACAACUCUCUAAUCGGAUUUUACACAGGAAAGCUGUCAGUCAAACUUUUGCAGCGAUAUCUAUAUUAUUAAUUUUUAUAGCUGCUAUUCUUCCUAUGCUCAGCAUUGCUGCUCCAAAUCUAAAAGAGUGCCUGAUAAAGAGGUAUGGCAAUCUGUCCAUUGCCACCGUGGAGCAAGCCAACAUCACUCGCAGUUCAAAGACCACAAUUUGCAAUCCUCAUCAAGUCACAAAUUCUUUUCCUGAGCAUUAUCUGUUCUGCGUGGUGAUUUCAAUGCUGAGUACCUCUGUGUUCCUGGAGGCCUCAAGCCUGGUCAAACUUAUCCUGACAGUCUCCAUCAGUGUGGUGUUCCUGGUCCUCAUCCAGCUGCGUUAUGUCAACCUCUUCAUCAACAGAGAUAUAUUGCUUAUGAUUGACAACGGCCUCCAGCCAAAUGCAUCUGUCUCUUGGAUACCUCUGAGAUGGGAAGCAAUCAUUAUCAUCGUUAUGGUGGUCAUCAUAUUAUUUGUGCAUGCUCAGCAAGUGGAGUCCACGGCAAGGCUGGACUUUAUUUGGAGAAUUCAAGCUCAAGAUGAGAAGGAAGAGAUGGAGAGUCUACGAGAGUACAACCUUAAACUCUUGUCCAAUAUAUUGCCAUUACAUGUAGCCAAGCAUUUCCUCAGUAUGAAGAAUGAUGGGAAACUGUACUAUGAAGACAUCAACAAUGUGGGAGUAAUGUUUGCUUCCAUCGUGAACUUUUCCGAGUUCUAUAUGGAGUUAGAAGCAAAUAAUGAAGGAGUAGAGUGCUUGAGGCUGCUCAAUGAGAUCAUCGCUGACUUUGAUACAUUGUUAACCCAUAAGCGCUUCUUUGCUGUGGAGAAAAUAAAGACAGUGGGUCAGACGUACAUGUGUGCAUCCGGGCUGACCAGCCGCACCAAUUUUUUGGACAUGACACAUAUCCUAGCCCUAGCGGACUACACUUUUGCCUUGAAGAACCAGCUGGAGUACAUCAAUGAGAACUCUUUCAACAACUUUGUCAUGAGGAUAGGUCUCAAUAUAGGUCCGGUGGUUGCUGGAGUGAUUGGGGCCAAGAAACCACACUAUGAUAUCUGGGGCAACACUGUUAAUGUAGCCAGUCGCAUGGACAGCACUGGAGAACCAAACAAAAUCCAGGUGACUGCAGAAAUGUAUCGCAUUUUGAGCAAGAACAAGUAUUCAUUAUCUCCUCGAGGACUUGUAAGGGUCAAAGGCAAAGGGGACAUGCACACAUUUUUCUUGGAUGCAAUGCCUCCUGGUGCAUCAUUGGAGGACAUGCAAACUUAUGACUGAUCUGAAUGCUUGCUGAUGUUUGUUUCUGACAUUUUAGACUGAUGCCAAGCCUAAGAUAAAAUGUUGAUGCUUUUAUAAUAAAUAAACUCCCCGUUCCCUUCUCCGUUCUCUUCUAUCCCUGUUCCCUUUCCCCUCAUUGGUAUAUGUGAAGUAUUUAUUCUCUUGUGAUUAAGAGCAUUCCGCAGAAUAUUUUCCAAUGUUUUAUUGUUUACCUGUGAUGUGUUAUCUUUUCCCUAACUGCUUUUUUUACUUUUCUUAUUUUGCUUUUUGGUUGUAUCAAGCGAACACAAUCUGGAGCACAAGUUUUGUUUUGGAAUCAUUUCAAAAAUUGAAGAGCUUUCAAGGGAUAUGGAAAAAAAAAA